GGGGCCUGCUUCCACUCCAGCAAAGUCUCUAGAGAACAACGGGCCCAUUCACAGCCUGCUAAGGGGAGAGGCCACUCAACGCCCGGUACAGGGGAGAGGGGGAGGAAGAAGAAGAAGAAAGAGGUGGCAAGAGCAGCAGCAGCGGGAGAGGAGCCUCGGACUUGGAGUACCGUGUUGGCAGCAGCAGCAGGUCCGCUCCUCCCUGAGUGUGCAAGCCGAUGGCGGCCGUGGGGCUGCUGUGGUUUCUGUACCUGUGGGCGGCCCGCCUGCUGGACCUCUGCGAUGCCUUUAACUUGGACACCAAGCCCUCCAACGUGAUCCAGAAACACGGGGAUCCAGGGAGUCUCUUCGGCUUCUCCCUGGCCAUGCACUGGCAGCUGAACCCGGACAAGAAACUGUUGUUGGUGGGAGCUCCUCGGGCAAAAGCUCUCCCUCAGCAGAAAGCCAACAGGACCGGAGGGCUGUACAGCUGUGAUAUUUCAUCUUCAUUGGAAUGCAAGCGGAUUGAAUUUGAUAAUGAUGCUGACCCCUCAUUGGAAAGUAAGGAAGAUCAGUGGAUGGGCGUGACUGUUCAGAGUCAAGGCCCAGGGGGAAAAGUGGUGACGUGUGCCCAUCGAUAUGAGAGAAGGCAACAUGUAAACACAAAGCAGGAGUCACGGGAUAUAAUUGGAAGGUGUUAUAUACUCAGUCAGAAGCUCACUAUUGGAGAUGAUGACAUGGAGGGCGGGGACUGGCAUUUUUGUGAUGGUCGUCUCCGAGGCCAUGAGAAAUUUGGUUCUUGCCAGCAAGGUGUAGCUGCUACUUUUACGAAAGACUUUCAUUAUGUUGUGUUUGGAGCUCCUGGCACCUAUAAUUGGAAAGGGAUUGUACGUGCAGAGCAAAAGAAUAACACCUUUUUCACAAUGGAUAUCUUUGAUGAUGGACCUUAUGAGAUUGGUGGUGAAUCUGACCUAGAUGAGAGUCAAGUUCCUGUUUCAGCCAACAGUUACUUAGGUUUCUCCCUGGAUUCAGGAAAAGGAAUUAUUUCCAAAGAUGAGAUUACUUUUGUAUCAGGGGCUCCGAGAGCCAACCAUAGUGGAGCGGUGGUUCUGCUAAAGAGGGUCCUGAAAGAAACGCGCCUUAUUUGUGAGCAUCUUUUUGAAGGAGAAGGGUUGGCCUCUUCCUUUGGCUAUGAUGUGGCAGUAGUGGACCUGAACAAAGAUGGCUGGCAAGACAUUGUUAUUGGAGCACCACAAUAUUUUGAUAAAGAAGGGAAAGUUGGGGGUGCGGUCUAUGUCUAUAUGAACCAGAAAGGCAAGUGGAAUAAUGAGAGGCCAAUUCGCCUGAAUGGGACCAAAGAUUCAAUGUUUGGCAUUGCGGUUGAAAACAUUGGUGACAUUAAUCAGGAUGGCUAUCCAGAUAUUGCAGUAGGAGCACCAUAUGAUGGUUCUGGGAAGGUUUAUAUAUAUCAUGGAUCCCCAAAUGGAAUCAAUACCAAACCCACACAGAUUCUUGAGAGUCAAACUCAAUCCUUUGGGUACUCAAUUGCUGGAAAUAUGGAUCUUGAUCAAAACUCCUAUCCUGAUAUUGCCGUUGGUUCCCUCUCAGAUUCUGUGUUCAUUUUCAGAUCUCGGCCAGUAAUCAACAUCCAGAAGACCCUCACAAUAAAUCCUAACAAAAUUGAUCUGAGCCGUAAAAUAUCCUGUGAGGCACCUAGUGGCAUAUGCCUGGAGGUUAAGGCCUGUUUUGCAUAUACUGCUAAACCCUCUGAUUUCAACCCUGAAAUAUCAAUUCGUGGCAUAAUUGAAGCAGAAAAUGAGAGAAGGAAAUCUGGUCUCUCACCCAGAGUUCAAUUUGAGCAUCAGCCUUCUGAGCCCAAGUUCUCUAAAACCUUAAAUCUGAAGAGACAGAAACAAAUAGCAUGCAUGGAAACAAGACUUUGGCUGCAGGAAAAUAUCAGAGAUAAGCUGCGCCCCAUUCCUAUAUCCGCUACUGUGGAAAUCGAAGAGCUGCCUUUUAGGAAUCAGCAGGGAUCACUUCCAAAAGUACUUCCAAUUCUGAAUUCAAAUGAACCUAAAACAGUGACCUCAGAUGUACAUUUCUUAAAAGAGGGAUGUGGAGAAGACAAUAUAUGUCACAGUAAUCUAAAACUGGAGUAUCGAUUCUGUACCAGACAAGGAAAUCAAGACAAGUUUUCUUACUUACCAAUUCAUAAUGGUGUCCCAGAAUUUGUGCUCAAAGACCAGAAAGAUAUUGCUUUAGAAAUAACUGUGACAAAUAAUCCAUCAGACCCAAAGAAUCCUUCAAAGGAUGGUGAUGACGCUCAUGAAGCGAAGCUUAUUGCAAGUUUUCCUGAUACCUUGACUUAUUCCGCCUACAGAGAGCUGAGGGCUUACCCUGAAAAACAGUUGAGUUGUGUUGCCAAUCAAAAUGGUUCCCAGGCAGACUGUGAACUUGGAAAUCCCUUUAAGAGAAAUUCCAAUGUUACUUUUUAUUUAAUUUUAAGUACCACUGAAGUCACCUUUCAAACCACAGACCUGGACAUUAUUCUGAGAUUGGAAACAACAAGCAAUCAAAGUAAUUUGGCUCCAAUUACAGCUAAAUCUAAAGUGGUUAUUGAACUGCUUUUGUCAGUCUCCGGAGCUGCUAAGCCUUCCCAGGUGUACUUUGGAGGGAAUGUUGUUGGUGAGAGAGCUAUGAAAUCUGAAGAUGAUGUUGGAAGUUUAAUAGAGUUCGAGUUUGGGGUAAUUAAUUUGGGCAAGCCCCUUAGAAACCUUGGCACGGCAUUUCUGAAUAUUCAAUGGCCUAAAGAAAUAUCCAAUGGCAAAUGGUUACUUUAUUUAAUGAAAAUUGACUACAAAGGAUUGGAAAAAAUAGCAUGUGAACCAGAAAAUGAAAUUAACUCCCUGAAGUUACAGGAGUCCCACCAUUCAAGAAGGAGACGAGAGAUUGCAGAAAAGCAGACAGAUAAUCGAAAAUUUUCUGUAUUUGCAGAAAGGAAAUAUCAGACACUUAACUGUAGUUUAAAUGCAAAAUGUGUGAACAUAAACUGUCCUUUGCAAGGUUUGGACAGCAAGGCAUCUGUAUUUUUGCGUGCAAGAUUGUGGAACAGCACAUUUCUGGAGGAAUUUUCAAACAUGAAUUACCUAGACAUUAUUGUUCAAGCUACUAUUGAUGUUAUUGCUGCCAGUGAAAACAUUAAAGUUCCAAAUGCAGGCGUUCAAGUGAGAGUCACCGUGUUUCCAUCAAAGACAGCAUCCCAGUACUCAGGCGUGCCUUGGUGGAUCAUCCUUGUGGCUGUUCUUGCUGGAAUUCUAAUGCUGUCUCUAUUAGUAUUUUUACUAUGGAAGUGUGGUUUCUUCAAGAGAAAUAAGAAAGAGCAUUAUGAUACCACAUAUCACAAGGCUGAGAUCCAUACUCAGCCAUCUGAUAAAGAGAGGCUUACUUCUGAUGCAUAGUAUUGAACUACUUCUGUAAUUGUGUGGGUUCUUUAAGCGCUCCAGGUACGAUGACAGUGUCCCCAGAUAUCAUGCUGUAAGAAUCCGGAAAGAGGAGCGACAGAUCAAGGAUGAGAAAAAUAAUGAUAGCUUGGAAAAGAAGCAGUGGAUCACCAAAUGGAAUGAAAAUGAAAGCUACUCCUAGGGGAAAAACUAAACUUUUUUUCUCUCCUACUCAAAAUUGGAAAGGAUUUAAAAAAUUCCUUCACUAAGUGAAUACUGGUUUCUGACUCACUUCCUACAGUACGGACCUACAGUUUUUAACUGAGGAUAAUGUUACUUUAUGCCACGGCUUUUGUUUUGCACAACUAAAUUUAAGACUGUUGAAAGGGAUUUUAACUGCCUUAAUUUACAUUUCCAGGUUGCCUUUAGUUUUAGCUUUGGCCAACUUACACAUAUUGUGAAGAGGUACACCAAAUGUACCUCCUGAGACAUCUUUCCAAGAGAGUAGUAGGGUGAAGCCACCAAAAUGAUUCUUCCUAACCUCCACCAAAAUAUAUAAUGAGCGUGGCAGAGUUUUGCCUUGGCACAUAUUCUUCCAUUAAGAUUUGUGAACUUGUGAAUCAACUACUCAUCAUCAGAAUACUCCCUAGUUGUGGUAGAUGCAGUUCAUCCUAAAGUAUUCUUUCAAAUUCAAUGUGCAAUACAAGGUAAGGUUGCCCACCCACCUUAUUUCUAAUCUCAGAUUUGUGUGAAUAUGGUUCACACCAAAUGUUCACAGGUGGUCCUUUUUCUCCUCUAAAAUAAGACACAGCAGGCUUGAAUACUAGUUAUACUGUUUUGUACAUAUCUUAGUCCUGGUAUUUAUUUAUCUCAUAAGCCAUUUUGCCUAGAACUAACAAGUAGGCCAAAGACUUUGACUCCCUUAGGUUGUGUAUGUGCUCAGAAUCCAUAUGUGAAUGGUAAGUGGUUGGACCUGAAUCUUUCACUGCAAAAAAAAAAAGAAAAAAGUUCUUUAUAGCAGAGAUAUUUUUGAAUAACCUAAACUUAAAUGUAAAUUGUGGUAUUUUUCCCCUGGCUUGGUGUAUAUAUGUUUAAGAAAUAUGAUUCAAAGUUUCUGUAAGAUUAUUUGUUCACUCUAAAUAGACAAGAAAUGUAUUCUUUUUGGACUCCCAGAAUAUGUCUGUCAUGUGGUUUUUGGGGACUUUUGUGCAAGAACCUGCAUGAACAUUUAGAGAAGGUCGAUUCACCCCACCUGCCCUAGUGCAGACCCCAACUACUGCAGAUGCUUCAGCACUUGAAAAAAUAAAUGCCUGCCACUGGUCUGAAGGGAUCCAGUUUGAGACUACUGAAUGAUGUCCUAAAUGUUGAAACAGCUAUGUCUAAGAAUUAUUCUAUGCCAUGCUAAUUCCAGUUUUUAAAUUCUUUUGUAACACCACCUAAAGAGUAAAUUAUUAUUUUUCCUUUAAACAACACUUUCCUGGCUUUGGUAAUGAUAAUAUUAAUAAUAAAAAAAAUUAAUGACCGCUUUCAAACUACUUGUUGCAUUUUGCAAAUGUAUAAAAACUGUUGUGCUCCGGAUUCAAUAUUUUCAUUGGGAAUGGGAACAAGUGCAAAUACAUUUAAAGAUUAUGUAUCAGAUUGUUAAGGGUUACGGGGUGAUGGUGGGGUAGAGGGGCAGGGAAGGGUGGAGGAGGAGGAACACUCUGGAGGGGGAAGAUCAUCUUAAUUGGUUUCACCUCUUUUAAGAGGGUCCUUGAUAUUUCUAAGUAAUUGUGUGGGCUUUUACUAGUUUGAGUAUUUAAAAAGCCCCAAAAGCCCACCAAAUUUGGAGAAAUUUGUAAUAUUAAGAUUCCAGUUUCAUUAUCCUGUGUGCUUUAUAUCUCUUUGGUUCCCCGACACAUUCCCACCAAUUCUAUUUUGUUUACAGACAGGUUUUCCAAGAAAGUGUUGCAAAGUGUUUUGUGCCUGGACAAUUCAAAAUCUUUGAGGACCGUGUUUGUUGGCUGUCAGGAAGCUAUAAUUUAUGAACUGUUGUAGGACUUUAAUGUAAAAAUCAAUGCCCUGAAAGUGAGUUUAAAAGAAAACCCCUAAGAAUGUUGCUUCAUAAAUUUAGAAUUGUUUCAAUGUCAUCUCAAGUCACAUCACUGGUCUGUUUACCUUUGAUACAUUUUUAUACUAAUUAGUGUUGUUCAGUAAUUUCAUGAUUAGAGCAUACCUGUGGAUAUUUGUAUAAAAGUGUGAAAUAAAUUUUUUAAUGAAAACAUGUA